CAUUCGAACUUGUCGUCACGACGCAAAGGAGAAGCGCCGUUUGAUAUUGCGGUUUUGAAGCUCCAAUUUUUGCAUCCUAUUCGCUAUAGUUCAUUUUCCUAUCACAGUGUAGAAGGACUUAAUUUUCAUAUUUUCUGUGAUUGAACUUUGUGGUUAAAUCCACACCUUAGACGUUUAUAUUUCAGGAAUACGUCAUUGUUGCACGAAUUUUAGUUUAUGGUGGAUUUUUUAGUGCAGUGAGAGUAAUGAUAAGUGAAUACGAACUGGAUAUGCAAUUCAAGCUCACUUGUAAAUCCAAGAACACUAAAAACAUCCAUCGUAGAAAGUCUAUAUUUAGGUCCCACAAUAUUUUUGUUUGCGUUUUGAAAAGAAAGUGCUCAGGAAGAACAAGAGGAAAAAUGAUGACAUCCACGGAAAUGUUGAGGGUUUAUAACGCUCAACAUCUUUCCUGGAAAGCCCUCUAAGGGAGUCAACAUUUUUAAGACAGAACGCAGUGAAUUCAAUCCUCGUUCAACAUGGAAAACGCCGCUGCUUUCCCAGCCUCUUCUGCAAAAUGGCGAGAAUCUCAACUCAACAAAGUACACAGAAAUAAUAAACAUGCUGAAAGACGAUACAACAGAGAUGAACCCCAAAAUAUUCCUGUUCGUAAAUCCUUACGAAGUAAAUCCAGGAAAUUCCCGAUUGGCUCAGUCUGGGAACGAUCAUUCCUCAACGUCCCAGAUAUUUCCAAUUUCGGUCAAGACAGAUUCUGGAGAUCACAACAGUUACGAAUAUCAGGAAGCCUCCUCCAAAAGAGUCAAACUGGAAAUGGAGGAGUUUUCGGACCUUGGCGAUUUGAUCCCUUCAGCAAGGGAGAGAUCUGCCAUGGAUGAACUUGAUUUUUCAUUAACGGAUCCUGAGGGAAUGACCGACUUAACUAUGCGUUCUUAUGAAUCAGCAAGUCUAAAAGAUCUUGUUGAUGCACAAGAUUUUCACAAAUGUGAAAACAACCAACAACUUUAUAUUGAUAAUCAACACGUUAAUCUAGAAGAUAUAUCAGGAGAAGAAUUCAACAUUUUACAACAAGAACUUACUACUAGUUGUGCGAAUAGUGCUCUAAACGAGCAAUCUAAUAAUAAUAAUAAUAAGAUAAUCCAAAAUUCCAGCUUAAGGGAUAGGGAAUCAUCGAAUAUAUUCAAUUUUGAAGAAGCCGAUUUGGCCUCCCCAUUUGUGAUCGAUAACGAUCACGCAUAUGCAAAUAUGUCAUCACCUUCAGAUACUUCAAUAACACCACAGUAUAGUCCAAUGGGAAUUCAAGAUACUUGGAAUGGUUUUUCCGAUAAACAAAUUGAUUUCAAAAACCGGUUAUCGGAACUUAACCUAGGGGUAAAAUUGUUUGUUGCGGAUACCCUUAACACUCCAGAUAUUUUGGAAUCAGUUGUCAGUUUGGAGGAUGAUAGGUUUAAUUUCUUGAGACAUUUGGAUAAGGAUCAGGAACUCAAAACUAUAAAUGAAAAUGAUCUCUUAUUCCAACCACAGUCAUCACCAGAAUGUAAUAUUCCAAAAGUCCUUGCCAAAAUUGAACCUGAACCAUUGGCUGAUACAAGAUGGUCUUUCAAACCAGAAGAAUAUGAUGAUGAUGACGACGAUUAUGUGCCACCUAAAAAAGCUCGUAUUCACAAAAAAAUGAGCAAGGUGAUCAAAAGUGAUUCUGAAAGUGAUGAAGAUUAUGUUCCUUCAAAAACUGCGAAGAAGAGAACAAGGAGAAUAUCUUCGAUUUCUUCAGACUCUUCCAAGGAUAGUAGUAGAGUUUCCAAAUAUAGGGAGCUUAGAGAUAAGAACAAUGAGGCUUCUAGAAAGUCCAGAUUGAAACGUAAAUUGAAGGAGCAAGAAAUGGAAGUAGAAAUGCAAGGUUUGGUAAAUAAGAAUGUGAAACUCAACGCCAAGGUGGAAGAGCUUAAGAGGAUGGUGGAUAACUUCAGAUCAAAUUUGUUUAAAAUAAUGGCACAGAAAUGAGUGUUGAUAUAGUUGAAUUUAUUCGAUGUUAAUUUUAAUUAUAAUUUCAAUUAAUAUUUUAAUUAGGUAUUUGUUUAUACUCAUCUUGAUGGAAUUUGUUUUAUAAAUCGUCUAAGAUGAGAUUGUUUGUGUCCUGCUAUAUUUUUUAUUGGACACAUGUAACAUAAGUUUGUAUUGAUCGAUUUAAAUCCCUUAUUUGUUUGGGAUGCUUUUAUAAAUAAUCAUUUUAUAAUUAUGUCUGUUAUUAUUUUUAAUGAUUAAUAAAUAAGAAUGUAGUUUA